UUUCUUAUGGAAUGACUAAGUUUGUAUUACACUACAAGUAUGUGUUAGGCGUUUAUUUAUAAUUUAUUUAUUAUUUUAUUAUUAAAUGGUUUUUCCGGUUAGACCACGGUUGAACCGGUUGAACCGAUGAAUCAGUGAACCAGUAACUAAAACGGUUCGAUGACCGGUUCGGUUUUCAAAACCUUGUUGAUUAUUAUUCCCUAUUGAGUAUUUAUUGUUGAUUUUUUGGAAAUGUUAUUGAUUAUUUGUUGAACCUAUUUUAUUUUGUUGUUCUGCUGCUUCUGUUAAACUUUUAUAUGAUUCUUUGUUUCCAAUUUUGAUUUUUAAUGCAUAUAUCCUCGAACUCCAGCUCUAUCUCCUGGUUUAUCUGCAGCUCUGGCCGGCUCUCAUGGUAUCUCAGAUAGUCAUGAAUGUCGCAACCGGCUGGAUUUGUUUGAAUUUCUGCUUCUGUUUGAAUAAUUUAUGUUCUAUGUUCAGUGUAUUUUGAAAUUGCUAAUUGUUGUUGAUUGUUGUAUUUGUUUAUGCAGUUUGUUAUAUUUGGGGGUUUUAGCUUAUGAAUGUGUAUUAUUUCUAAUUGUUAGGGUUAUAGGCUCUGAUUGUUAAAGGAGGUGUGUUUUUUAUUGUUAGGUUUCUAGGUUCUAAUUGUUGUAUUUGGGGGUUUUAGCUUAUGAAUGUGUAUAUUUAUUUGAUUAGAGAAAUUGCUUUGAUAAGAUUGGAAUAUAUGGACCACGUAACAUUAUAUUCUUUGAUAAGAUUUCUUGGAUGUUGUACAUGUAUAUGUGUCGUGUGUGCAUGUUUUCUAAGUUAUUGGGUCCUGUUUACUGUGCAGUGCUCUGAUUUCUUUUGGUCAUCUAAGAUAUCUUCAUUUGUUAAUUGUUAUGUUAAUAGAUCACGCUUUAAGAUACUGAAAGAUGGAAUGAUCAACUAUCAUGUAUUUCCAAAUUUGACUUGUGAUUUAGUCUAUUGGUUCACGUUAGAUAGCUAAUUAGCAAUGUACUGAUCACUUAUUAACAGUGGUUUUAAAAAUUAUGGUUUGAAAAUUGAAUUUCUAAAAACUGGUUUUAAAAGUGGAUUUUUUGUUAAAAUAUCUGGUUUGAAAAUUGGAUUUUUAAAAACUAGUUUUAAAAUUGGAUAUGAAUCUAGCCAAUUAAUUUAGCUUUGCUUUUUUCUUUCUUUCUUUUUUGUUUAGUCAUAAAAAAAAAAAGUAGGACCAAAUAUAGGAUUUUUUUUUCUUAAUUUAGAUUAGAGAAAGAUAAGAUGUGAUAUGUGUUGAAUUGAAGAUUGGUUUGUGAUAACACAUCUCUGGGCAAAUAUAAACAUGUGAUGUGCCUCCUAGUUCCCUUUUGGUGUCUGCAAUUCCUUUUCCUUCUCAUCUUUUUUGGUUCCCGAUAAAUUGUAUUGAUUUUUGAGGAAUCAAAAUCAAAUCAUGGAAAAAUUAUUCUGCUUUCUUGGCCUCGUUCGUGUUUGAUUAAUUUUCUGUCAAGAUUCAGUUUCUUCACAUUUAGGGUUUUGAGGAAAUGGCUGCGGCUUGCAAGCGAUUGGCUCAAUUGUCGGGCUUUAGGUCCUCAAUUUUCAACUCAAGUCUCAGAUUAUUUUCCGCAAAGGGAGGGAUUGGUGAUACAACCGCAAUUACUAGGGGACUUGAGGAGCAAGGACUGCCCAAAAAGCAGGCUGAGGCAAUAACCGUCGAAGUUUGGGAAAAUUUUCAAGAAUCAUUCCGGAAGAGGAUUGAAAUGCUUGAAGAGUCCAAUCAGUUGAAACUCAAAGCUGAAGUGAGGUCACAGAUGAAACUGCAAAGUGAGAUUGAGAAACUGAAGAUUGAUAUGGUGAUUAAUCACAAUAAAUUGAGGUCUGCAAUAGAUGAAGCUGAGAGGACUUUCCGAACACAGGUGUCAUCCAUAAAAUAUGAAGCUGGAGGAUAUUACCUAAAAUUUAUUUUGAAAGUGUCUCUCUUUGCUCUUCUUGGCCAAGCAGGUUUUUACUUAUUGUCAUUCUUGGUUAAUGUCAAGAAGAGUAAAGAAAGACAAUAAAUAGUCAUCCAUAAAUAGUCAAGGAAAGAAUUAAAAAACUUUUAGCAAAAAGAAAAAGAAAGAAUUAGAAAGCAUUACAGCAAAAAAAAAAGGUUAAUUAAGAUCAUUGUAUGAGUUCGUUUGGAAAACUUUAUUAAUAUUAGCAACCAACCUGUGAGACUGAAUUUUUAAUAUAUUUGAUGUUAUUUACUUAAUUUUUAAUUAAUUUAUGUUUCACUGCAUUUUGGAAGAUA